AUGGGACAUCUCAUCCCCUUCUUGGAGCUCGCCAACUGCCUCAUCGCGCAUCACAAUUUCCACGCCACAGUUGUCGUCAUUUCAUCCAACACUUCUCCUAAACAAUCCCAGGUCAUCCAAUCCGCCAUGACCCCGAAACUUUUCGACAUCAUUGAGAUUCCACCACUAGACACCUUCGGCCAAGUCAACGCCGCUGGUUCAGUCUUCACACAGCUCCCGGCCAUUAUGCUUGAUGCCCGGUCCUCUCUCCGGUCCGCCAUCUCGGCCAUGGACUUCAAGCCGGCAGCCAUGAUCGUGGAUCUUUUCUGCACCGCUGUUCUUCCCGUGGUCGAUGAGUUCCACAUGCUCAAGUAUGUAAGAGUCUCGUAUAAGGAGGUGGAAGGAGAAUACUUGGAUAAAAAAGAACCGCUCAAGAUCCCAGGUUGCAAGCCUGUUCGACCGGAAGAUGUUAAGCCCAUGAUGAACAGAAAAGAUCCCAAAUACGAGUCCUUCAUACGUAUUGGGGUAGAGAUAGCCGAGAUGAGUGAUGGGAUUUUGGUUAACACUUGGGAAGAUCUGGAGUCAAUGAGUCUUAGACCCAUGAAAGAGGAUCCAAAGUGGAAGCAGAUCCUUAAGGUUCCGGUCCAUACUUUCGGUCCCAUGAUUAGGCAGGCAGGGAGCUCCACUCCGAGGAGCGAGGUGUUGGGUUGGCUGGACAUGCAGCCCAAUGCCUCUGUGAUUUACAUUUCUUUUGGGAGUGGUGGGGUUCUGUUGGCUGAUCAAAUUACUGAGAUGGCUUGGGGUAUAGAGCUUAGCGCUCAGAGAUUUAUAUGGGUAGUCCAUCCACCAAGCAAAGAUGGUGACAAAGGCAAUGACAUUUCAGACUACUUGCCUGAAGGGUUCAUGGCUCGGACUCGUGACAAGGGUCUAGUGGUCACCACUUGGGCUCCUCAGGUGGAAAUCUUGGCUCAUUCAUCAGUCGGAUGGUUCUUGUCACACUGUGGUUGGAACUCGUCGCUGGAGAGUAUACUGAAUGGUGUGCCAAUGAUCACAUGACCACUCUAUGCCGAGCAGAAAAUGAUUGCCAUGUUUUUCAUGGAGGAGCUGAAGGUGGCGAUUCAACCUAAAGUUCUGCCGGCAAAGAGGAUAGUAAGGAGGGAGGAGAUUGAGAUGAUGGUGAGGAAGAUUGUGGACGAGAAAGAAGGAGAUGAAAUGAGGGCAAGAGCUAAAGAGCUGAAAAAGAGUGGGGAAGCAGCUUUGAGUGAAGGUGGGUCUUCGUUCAACACACUCUGCAUUGGCAAAGCUCUGCCAGCACAACUCGCAACAUCAGAAAGUUGGUAGUGCGUUGACAUAAAACUAUCAAGACCC